AUGGACCACAGUGGCACGCUUGUCACGCUCCCUUUCGAUCUCAGGAUACCGUUUGCGCGUUACAUCGCGCUCAAUGGGGUCGUAAACAUGAAAAGGUUUGACAUCGCAUGCGUGUAUCGUGACAAGAAGAUUCUGGGCGCCCACCCCAAGGAACUUUAUGAGUGUGUAUUAGAUAUCGUCACAAGCUCGCCGGAAGACCUUGUGCCCGACGCCGAGGUUUUAUUGGCGGUAUUUGAGAUAAUAAACGAGUUUCCUUCCCUUUGUUUACCGUAAUUAAUAUAUUAAGAUGAAUCAUGCACGUCUUUUGACGUGUUACCUGACUUUUGCUGGUAUAUCGGAUGAGCGACAGGCCGAAUUGAUAGCAAUUCUGAAGGAAGUUCGCAGCGAGAGGAACCACUUUGUUGAGAGCUUGCAGUUAAGCGAUCACGCAGCGACGGCGCUUUGCUAG